AUGACUCCGCCAUGGAAGGAUGCACCUCCUCCGCCUGGACCACCAAUCAUUCAACCAAUGCGCACUCUGCAAGAGAACUUAAUGCUGCAACAAGCCCUGAUGCAGACUCGGCAAGCGCAGGCUGUGUCGCAGUCAUUUCCUGUUGAUGGUAGCCGCAACGUGCAUUCCACUCUGAGUCGCAGCCCGUCACGACAUCUUACACGGCCCAAAAUCACUGCUCGACAAUAUAACGCAAUGAACCAAGUUUCGCAGUACCAGCACAUGAUGCGCGGAGCCAUGCGACUCGAGCAGAUCAACAAAUUAAACAAAUCACUGGGUUUUCCCGAGAUAGAUCCUCAUGCUUACUUCUUGCUUGGAACAGGUCCCCCACAACACCCGAGCGUCGCUGCCCAACAGCACCAACAACAACUCCAGCAGCAGAACUACGCCCAGCGCAAUGGUCUCCUCGAACACCAACUUGCUCAGCGAAGAGCCAAGAAGCCGACCGAUCGAAAUAUGCCUGAUGGGAUCGAGGAUGUGGUAAUUGGCGAGGGUGUUCAACAGUACAAGGAGCUAAGAGAGAUGGAGAAGAAGCUCGACUAUGCUAUCAUGCGUAAGAGGCUGGAUAUUCAGGACACCGUCAAUCGCAACGUCAAGCGACAGAAGACCAUGCGGAUUUGGAUAUCGAAUACGGUAGACAGCCAGCCAUGGCAGAGACCGGCGUUAGAUGCAGAUUCAUUCGACUUCGAAUCUGGUGCAGAUGCUACAUAUCGAGUCACUAUACAAGGCAAAAUCAUCGAUGAUCAAGACCUUAAUGAUUCAGAAUCAGAUGCGGAGGAAGAUGCUGAGGAGCAACCCACUACCAAACAAUCACGACCAAAGCCGCAGCCAAAGAAGUUCUCGCAUUACUUCAAGGCUGUUUCAGUAGAUUUCGACAGAGCGCGGAACAUGGGCAAUCCAAACAUCGAUCCCUCGAUGCAGAUUGAAUGGAAGAAGACUCCGCAGACUGGCGAAUUUGACAGCUUCGAAUUCAAUCGAAAAGGCGACGAGAACAUGAAUGUCACAAUCAAUAUGACCAGAGACGAGCCAGUAGAGCGCUUCCGGCUGUCCAAGGCUCUGUCCGAUGUCCUGGAUAUCGAAGAGGCAGACCGCGCCGAGGUCGUUAUGGGAGUCUGGGAGUAUGUGAAAGCCAUGGGUCUGCAGGAAGAUGAAGAACGUCGCCAUGUCCGGUGCGACGAGAAACUUCGAGCUGUCUUCAACACCGAAGCAAUCCUCUUUCCGCAAGUCGCCGAACGCAUCAUGCCCCAUCUCCACCCCCUCCCACCAGUCCGCCUGAACUACACCAUUCGCGUUGACCAAGAAUUCCACUCCACGGAAACCCCAGUCCCCACAGUCUACGACAUCAAAAUCGUCACCGAUGAUCCUCUCCGAGCCAAGAUCCUAGCCAUCACCUCCUCAACCCAAACAGCACAGAACCUCCGCCAAAUAGCGUCGUUUGACGAUCAGCUGGCUGUCAUCAUCCAGGGUAUUCAACACCACAAGGCAAAGCAUACCUUCUACCGGAACUUCAAUCGGGAUCCGAUUGGGUUCUUAAGGAAGUGGUAUUCGAGCCAGCAGCGCGAUCUCAGCGUCAUCCUAGGCGAGAUCGAGCGUGGCGACGUUGCGGGCUUGGAGUUUGCGAGAGGUGGCAAGGAGGGCGUCUGGGGGAGUGAGAUUGUGGAGGAGGCGGUGCGGUAUCGGCUGGCGAGGGGGGAGUUGGCGAGGUAG